UAUACAUCCUAAAAUCUAGCAGCGGUAAGUUACUGAGCCAGGGAAUUAACACUUUCACUGGGUAUUGAACCUAUUGUUCUCAGUGUGUCUUUCUCACAGGUGUUAAGAAAGAUGUGGAUUUUCGUCCAGUUCGCAGCUCUGACUGCUGUGGCUGUGGCCCAGAAUGACUGUUAUUUUGGGGCCUGUUACCCCCCUAUCGAAGACCUGCUCCUGGGUAGAGGCCAGCAGCUCCAUGCCUCCUCCACCUGUGGCCUCACUGGCUCUGAGGUCUUCUGCUCCCCCCUUGGACUGUCAAAGAUGAAAUGCUGCCCCUGUGACUCCAGAAACCCAUCCAGUUACCUGGCUCACACAAUCCAGGACGUUCUAUCCAGCGCCAGACCAAACAGGUGGUGGCAGGCCAGAAAAGAUGUUAAUCCGGUAACCAUACAGUUAGACCUAGAGAACCCGUUUCAGCUGGACACCCUCCUGCUGACCUUUAAGGGACCCCGUCCCAAUGCCCUGGUGGUAGAGAGGACGGUGGACAACGGUAAAACCUGGAAACCAGCCAUCUACAUGGCCUCAGACUGCCGCUCGGCCUUCCCCGGGGUUGGCGUGACGACGCCACGCUCCCUAGACGAGACCUACUGCCUCACCAUGCCCCCUCCCCCCGCCAACCCCUACCAGGACCACAUGAUCAAGUUCCAACCUUUGCUUCAGUAUUCCACCAUCAGUGUGCCCAAUGGAGAGAAGAUUCAAGAGGUGUCAGGACUGACUGGCCUGCGGGUGAAACUGACUGAGCUGGGUGUGGUGCCCCACCUACCAGGCCGUAGUCCUUCUCGCUUCUAUGCUGUCAAAGAGAUGAGAGUGCUGGGGACCUGUCUGUGUCACGGCCACGCCAAUCGUUGUCUGCCUGAUACCAGCUCUAACCUGCUGUCCAGGACACUGGUCAGUGCUCAGUGUGAGUGCCAGCACAACACGGCAGGUGUGAACUGUGAACGUUGUGCAGAUCUCUACAAUAACUUACCCUGGAGACCGGCCGAGGAGGGGAACCCGCACACCUGCCAACGUUGUGAGUGUAACAACCAUGCCCUGCGGUGCCGUUUCGACCUGGCUGUGUAUGAGGCAAGCGGACGAAGGAGUGGGGGGGUGUGCGAGGGUUGUUUGCACCACACGACCGGGCCCAAAUGUGACCGCUGUGCCCCUGGUUAUCAACCCAACCCACGGAGUAGCAUGGACCGACCUGACGCCUGCAUACGCUGUUCUUGCAGUGCUGAGGGGGCGGAGAAUGAGGGUCAGUGUGAUGACAUCACCGGGUCAUGUCGCUGCAAGGCCAACGUUGAAGGACCGAGCUGUGACCGCUGCAAGACAGGAUACUAUGGUCUGAGUGCUUCAAACCCUCUGGGAUGCACCAAGUGCUCGUGCAGUGUAGAGGGGUCCACGACCAGCGCGUGUGACGCAGUGACCGGGCAGUGUCGCUGCCGGCCCCAAUUCCAGGGGCAGGCCUGUGACAUAUGUGCCCAUGGUUAUUGGAACCCCACGUCCUCCCGUGGCUGUGAGCCCUGUCGCUGCGACCCCACCAACUCCCUUGGCGACGCCUGUGACCAGAGUACGGGUCAGUGCAAGUGCAAGUCAGGGAUCGGAGGUCGCACUUGUGCAGGAUGCCCAGACAACACAUAUGGAAACCCUGUUACUGGCUGCAGACGGUGUCAGUGUGACGCUGAGGGUACGGUUUCAGGAGGCUGUGAUAAGCGUACGGGGGCCUGCAAAUGCCGCCCAGGCAUCACAGGUCCCCGUUGUGAUGCCUGUAGCCGUGGCUACUGCGAUUCCUUCCCUAACUGUGAGGUAUGCCCCUCCUGCUUCACUGACCUGGACGUCAACAUUCAGAACCUCAACCUGGUACUGGAGAGCCUCUCCAAAAGAGUGCCCAGUCUCCCUGGCGGCACGUUGCCCUCUAGUCUGGUUCCCCGAAUCCGUGCCCUGGAAGCCAGCCUUAACCGCAUAAAAGGCUCUCUACCCCUGCCACCUCCCUCCACCAGACUGGUCGACAAUGCCCUUACACAGUUUACCAAGCUAAGGAAAAACUUGGAUCAGGCGGAUCGGGAUCUGUUACCCCAAAUCCAAGACCCGGAGCUUAAUUCAAAACUGGAUGAGCUCCAGGAUCUCCUGGACAAGCUGAGUCUGAAGUACAAUGCCAUAAAAUCUUCUUCCAAUAACUACAACAACAUAGGGAACUUUUCUGCCAUCAAGAAUGCCUAUGACAAGUCAACUGACGCCGCCAAGAAAGUCAGUGCUAGUGAGAACACCGUAGAGCAGUCAACAGCUGUCAGAAAGGUCGCCACUGACCUCCAGAACAAGAUCCAGUCAGCCAACACCAUAGACCUGGAGAAACUCAACCAACAGCUGAACACCAAACCUGACCUCACGCCGACAGCCAAGCAGGUUUGCGGCAGCACGCGCUGGGACCGCUGUACCCCUGCCAACUGCGAAGGCGAUCUGUGCCCUCCGGAAGCACAACCCUGUGGCCGCCGGGAGCAUUGUGUCGGGGCUCUGCCUCUGGGGACUCUGGCAGUGACUGAUGCCGAGGAGGUGAAGGACAGACUGCAGCAGCUCAACGACACCAUCAAACAGGCCACGUCACAGAUCGAGGAAACGCAAGAGACAGCCGAAAUGCUCCAGAAGUCCAUGGACGAUUUGGCCGAUAAGACGAGGCAGACCAGUAAUGAGCUGGAAGCAGAUCUGAACCAGACCAGAGACUUUGUUAAAGAGCUGAAGAACUUCCUUUCAGACCCGACAAUAGACCCAACGCUCAUCAAUAAUAUAAGUGAGGAGGUCCUGAGAGCCAAGCUGCCUGACAACCUGCCUGCUCUGAAGCGGAAGCUGCAGAAGAUAAGAGAUCUGCUGGCGGGCCUUCCGAACACCAGCGCCAUUCUGGGCCGGACAGGACCACAGCUCGACACCGCCCUGCGCCUCCUGCAGGAGGCCAAGGACGCCAGGGAUGUUACGCUGGGUAUGAAGGCUGAUGCUGACGGGCUGUUGGACAACCUCAUCGCCGAGGAGAAAGGCCUCUCUAUCCCGGAUCAGAAAGUGAAGGAAAGCAUGGAUAUCGUGGAAGACGUCAACAGUGAACUGAGCCUGGUCAAGGACACUUUGUUUUCAGCAGAAAAUACUUUGAAUGAUGUAUCUGACCUGGUCAAUGGAAUUACACCUCAGCUGAACGGGCUCAAAGCUCUCGUGACCUCUGGUGUUCAGCUGGCCCAGAAUGCAGCGGGAGAGGCUGAUAAGGCCAAUGAUGAGGCAGACGCUGCAGCCAAGGAGCUGGCGCGCCUGCUUGAACAGCUGGAGAAGCUGCGUGCUGCAGAGAGGACCAGUGGAAGUGAGAAUGGGACAGCAGGGGAGAGGCUCCAGAAACUUCAGAAGGAGGCUGGUUCUCUGGCCAAUGAAACUGAAGACAUGAUUAAGUUACUAACAGAGAAAACAACCUCUCUGUAUGAACUACAGCAAGAAGUCCUAAUGAAGUCUGAGAACCUGACAGGCCUGGACACCCAACUGCAGGACAUCCUGGCUGAAAUGAGAGAAAAGGUCAAGUUCCUCACCACCUGCAUUGGCUGAGUCGAUCGGGACAAAGCUCGUCCGGCUUGUUCUUUGGGAUAAGGGAGCAAUGUUACAUAUUUAUUUUAUCCCACUUUCUGGAGGAUGAAUGUCCCAUUAAAGAGAUGUUUAGCGUU